AUGGCAUCAGAGGAAAUGAAUCUGUUGGAUCAAUCAAGGGUUAAAUUCUAUGUUUAUAUAUCAUCGAGGUUAUCUAUCUUGAUCUACUACCAUAUGCCGUCAUAUGGUGUCAUCUUCUUCAAUGAUAUGCCUGUGUGUGCCAUGAAUGAAACAACAAUUUCCACUUUCAAGAGGCACUACAACACAUUGAAUAGGCCUAUAUAUGCCAAGAAGGCAACAACAAUUUCAAUUGUCAAUGCGAAGCGCCAUCAGCUGCUCACUAAACAACUAUCUAACCAUUUCGCAUUCAAAUACAACACUGCCAAUUAA